UCAAACCAGCAGAAAAAGAGCACGAUUACAACCAAAAGAAUCUGCCGUGCGCGAAUGAAAAAGGCAUCGGAAAAGUGCAAAUUUAAAAUCCGUGAAUUUCCUGUGUAAAUCGCCGUACCGCUGUUGUGAAUCUUCGCUCGCCGGAUUUAGCGUCUCUGUCGGCCCCUGCGGUACCUGAAAUCGUCCACAAAAGCUAAUUUAAACUGGAAGCAGCCAUGAGCAAGAAAGCCCCUGCGAAGAAUGAUGGACCAGUCGAGCAGGAAGGAGAAUUUUCUGUUGAAAAGAUUCUCGAUAGGCGAGUUGUCAAUGGAAAGGUGGAGUAUUACCUAAAAUGGAAGGGAUACUCCUCAAACGAUAAUACAUGGGAGCCAGAAGAGAAUUUAGACUGCCCAGAUCUGAUUCAAGCCUAUGAAGAGUCCAGAAAGAAGAGAGAAAAAGAAGCUAAAGAGGAAGGGUCCAGCAAAAAAGGUCGCAAAUCUACAGCUGACGAUAAAGCACCCGCAGCAAAGAGGAAGUCAACCGGUGGGGAAGAUAAAAAGAUUGGAUUCGAUCGGGGCCUGGAGCCAGAGGAAAUUCUUGGUGCCACUGACCAUAACGGACAGCUGAUGUUCUUGAUGAAGUGGAAGGAUGCGGCCAAUGCGGAUCUCGUACCGGCCAAGCAAGCCAACGUCAAGUGUCCGCAAGUUGUAAUUAAGUUCUACGAGUCGCGCCUAACUUGGCAGACGUCCGAGAAAAAGAACGAUGCAAAGGACGACUAUGCCUAAAUACAAGUAUCAAAUAUUACUUAGAUACAGUUUAAUGGUAAGAAUAUCGAUAAUGUGAAUCUAUUUUAAGUAUCCCGUUUUUCUGACCGACUUCAAUUCAGACAAGUCUGAAAAUAUUCUCUUUUGAUGCCUAAUUGACGAGUAAUCUGCUGUUACACAAAACUUUUAUAUUCAUCCUUUCAAAUCCAAUGUAGUACAGAUGUUAAACCUGGCUAUCAUGAAUUUUGUUAUUUUAGUUUAUCUCAAUCAUAUAAGUUUGUUAUUUUUCAUGCAAAGUUUUGUGCAGUUUUUGUAAAGCAAAAAUAUCUACAGCUUUCUCUUUCAUAACUGGUUCAGUUGACUCGUAUCAAUGUCAGAUAAUACGUUUUACUUUAGAAUUGCCUAGAAUUGUACGAAUAAAAUAAAAUUUGUGAAACGACAAGGGUAGAUGAAAUUGUAUUCGUCUAUGAGAAAAGCAAACCUGGAUUAUGUGUAAGAAAGUGAACAUUUAAUAACUAAUAUCCAAUAAAAUCCUAAAAAUACA